UCGCCCCGUGCCGGCCCGGCCUGCCGCGUCCCCAACCUCUGCUGGGGGGCCCUUACCUCUCCUGCAUCCCCCCCCCUUGCCGCCCGUCCGCCUGGAAGCCCGCUUUGGGGGAGACUGGGGUGAGGGGGGUUCCGUGGAAUGAAGCCUGGCCUGCAGGUGAUACCACUGACCGCUGCCCCGCUGGUGGCCGGUCCCUCCUCUCACACCUGGAGAAUGGGAGUCGGUGUCCCCGAGAAGGGUGAUGAGAGGGUCUGAUCCUUAGUAGGAAAUCGUGGGCUCGUCCUUUGCCAUUGCCCCGCUUGAGUUUCUCCAUCUGUGAUUUGGGCUGAUGACUUCUAAUUCAUGACCUAGACCAAGAAGGGCUUAACACGUCAGUGCAGGGUGCAGCCCUGUUGGUCGUCCUGUUGGACAGAGCCAGGGACGGAGCCAGCCACCCCACCCUCACCGCUUGGGACCUGGGCCUCACAGCCCUCCACCCAGAUCCCAGGUGCACCCUCUUGGCACCUUUGCAUGCUCAUGCCCACACACAUUCUCCCAGGUCUCAGGCACCUGCCAGAUAGCAACACCAUGAGCUUCGUGGCGUAUGAGGAGCUGAUCAAAGAGGGUGACACGGCCAUCCUGUCACUGGGCCACGGUGCAAUGGUGGCAGUGCGUGUGCAGCGGGGGGCACAGACCCAGACCCGGCAUGGCGUCCUGCGGCACUCAGUAGACCUCAUCGGCCGCCCCUUCGGCUCCAAGGUGACCUGUGGUCGAGGUGGCUGGGUGUAUGUGCUCCACCCCACGCCUGAGCUCUGGACACUGAACCUGCCACACCGCACUCAGAUCCUCUACUCCACUGACAUUGCUCUGCUCACUAUGAUGCUGGAGCUUCGGCCUGGCUCUGUGGUCUGUGAAUCCGGCACUGGCAGCGGCUCCGUGUCCCACGCGCUCAUCCGCACCAUCGCGCCCACGGGCCACCUGCACUCGGUGGAGUUUCACCAGCAGCGGGCAGAGAAGGCCCGGGAGGAGUUCCAGGAGCACCGAGUGGGCCGCUGGGUGACGGUGCGCAACCAGGACGUAUGCCGCAGCGGCUUUGGUGUGAGCCACGUGGCUGAUGCUGUCUUCCUGGACAUCCCGUCUCCUUGGGAGGCUGUGGGCCACGCCUGGGACGCCCUCAAGGUUGAAGGUGGGCGCUUCUGCUCCUUCUCGCCGUGCAUCGAGCAGGUGCAGCGCACGUGCCAGGCGCUGGCGGCCCGCGGCUUCUCAGAGCUGAGCACCUUGGAGGUGCUGCCCCGGGUGUACAACGUGCGCACCGUCAGCCUGCCCGCGCCCGACCUGGGGGCCGGUCCGGGCCCCGAAGCCGGCCCCGACACCAGCCCCUUCCGCAGUGGCACACCCAUGAAGGAGGCCGUGGGCCACACCGGCUACCUGACCUUUGCCACCAAGACCCCUGGCUAGCGGGCCUCCCUGAUGCCCAGGCAGGGAGGUGUGGCUCAGCCAGAGGCCGCCUUAUAAGGUCAGCGGGCGACCGCCAGGCCGGGCCUGUGUUUAGAAAGGCGGGGGGGGGGGG